CUUACGUCUAUUAAAUUAAACAUGUCUAUAUCAAUCAUUUGACUUCCAUCUUUGAAAUUUUCUAUUCUAUUUAGAUAAGAUUGUGCAGUUAUCCAUGUUUGUAGCCUAAAAAAUAGGAUCUCGAAAGAUAUUUUAAAAAAUAUAUAAUUCUAAAAAGUAUUUAAUUAUGAACCCAGUGGAAAAUUGUGCAGCUAUUUCUUUGGUUAGCAACAUAAUUUUUUCCAUGAUAAUUACCUUUCUUCCCCGCCAAGUUCUUAGUACUUCUGUAGCCACCGAAGUUUGAAAAUAGAGAACUUUCCAAUAUUUCUAUAUAUGAUUAUCUUCUCUCUCUCUCUCUAGUUUUCCUAAUUGUUUCAAGUAGUAGUUGGAUAAAGAAAUACCAGGAAAGAGAUCUUGUAUGAUCAUGGCAGCUACAGGGAUUGUGAAAGGCAUGAUGAUCCUUAACCUGGAAGACAGAAGCACAGCCAUAGCAGGCGGCGGAGGGCUUAGGUUUGGUGGUUGCCGGAAUAAUAAUUCUGGUAGACAUAUCAAUAGCAGGAUCUCUGUAAUCUCUCUGGUGAAAGCAAGCCAGAACACAUCAUCAAACCAUAGUCAUGAUGCAUUGAAGAAGGCCAGACAGAGGCGACCCCAGAACGUUAAUGGAGAUUUCUUUGUUGAUCACACAUGUAUAGAUUGUGACACAUGUCGUUGGAUGGCUCCGACAACAUUUUCAAGAGUAGAUGAACUGUCAGCAGUGGUUAAGCAGCCAAGUAGUAAAGAAGAAAGGGUAAAGGCUCUACAGGCCUUACUUUCUUGUCCAACAAGCUCAAUCCAUACAGAGAAUGCUCCCCGCGAUAUCCUGGAAGUGCAUAACACAUUUCCUAUUCCAAUUAGUGAGCAAAGAUUUCCGGGUGUCUAUCAUUGUGGCUAUCAUUCUGAAAAAUCAUUUGGAGGAGCUUCCUAUAUCAUUGUUCACCCUGAAGGAAACAUACUCAUAGACAGCCCAAGAUACACUGAAAGGAUUGCACGUAAAAUUGAGAUGCUUGGAGGAGCACGAUACAUGUUUCUGACACACAAGGAUGAUGUUGCAGAUCAUGAGAAGUGGUCUAAACGGCUAGAGUGCCCAAGAAUUCUGCACUUGAAAGAUGUUGACAUUCGUACAACUGACGUAGAGAUGAAGCUAGAAGGGAGUGGUCCCUGGAGCCUUGGCAAUGAUUUUGAACUCAUAUACACUCCCGGUCACACUGAAGGAUGUGUAUGCUUGUUAUAUAAGCCACUCAAGAUCCUAUUUGCAGGGGACCAUCUGGCAGUAUGGGAAUCAGAGCUAACUAUUAUGGAGAAAUAUAACUGGUGGUCAGUUCCAAUGCAACUGAACAGUGUUCGGAAGUUGUUGGAUGUGGACUUUGAAUUGAUUUUACCUGGUCAUGGAAGACGAGCGGAAUUUAAGGAUGCCAAAGAGAAGACUUUAGCUUUGGAAGCUCUUUUGGUUGCUAGAGAACAAACCUCAAAUCCAGUCCACUGUAUCUCACUGAAUGUAUAAUCAAAUACUAUGUUGGUUUGCCACUAGUAGACUAAACAGAAACUUAUUCUAGUUGAGAAGAAAGAAUGGUUAUAGCAUCCAUGUGUAAGUGAGUGUGGUACGUAUAUUUUGAAUUGAUUAUAAUCACCAAUGGUCUCUAUUCUAGUA